GGGGUUUGCAGAAGAUUCCUCUGGGCGGUGGUUUGGUGUGUCGCCACCUUUUAAGCCACCAUUUCGAGGGCAUUUCGCUCCUCCUCUUCUUCUUAGCAGUGUCUUGGUGGUCGUUUGGUUUUCUGGUCUGGGUUUAAGGUUCCGGGCCUCUUAGUUGGGGGAAAGUUUGGAUUUUGAUCCUUUAUUCCUGCAAAUUUUGUCUGGGGUUGGUUGGAGGUUGUUUUGUGGGUUCUUGGCCUAUUUCUUCCCGAAUCUCUGCAGGCAUUGGGAUUUCUGAGAGUGGUGGAGUAAUAUUUGUGGUUCUUUUGGGGCGUUCUUUUUGAGUAGAACGGGGUGAGGAGGAGAGAGGGGAGGAGAGAGAGAGAGAGGAAUGGCCGGAGGCGGAGCGGCGCCGGCACCGAAGCCAGAGGAGUUGGUGCCCCACCCGGUGAAAGAUCAGCUGCCCAAUGUUUCCUACUGCAUCACUAGUCCACCUCCAUGGCCUGAGGCCAUUCUUCUUGGUUUCCAACAUUAUCUGGUUAUGUUGGGCACUACUGUUAUCAUCCCCACUGCACUUGUUCCUCAGAUGGGGGGAGGCAAUGAUGAGAAAGCGAGGGUGAUCCAGACUUUGCUUUUCGUGGCUGGUUUGAACACUCUGUUCCAAACCUUCUUUGGAACUCGCUUGCCAGCUGUAAUCGGUGGAUCAUAUACCUUUGUUUUGCCGACCAUCUCUAUCAUUUUGGCUGGUCGUUACAGUAAUAUUGCGGAUCCUCAUGAGAAAUUCCUCCGAAUCAUGCGUGGAACUCAAGGUGCUUUAAUUGUUGCUUCAACCCUACAAAUUAUUGUAGGUUUUAGUGGCCUGUGGCGAAAUGUCACUAGAUUUUUAAGUCCACUGGCAGCAGUCCCUCUAGUCGCACUAGUUGGGUUUGGACUCUAUGAGCUUGGUUUUCCUGGGGUUGCCAAAUGCAUUGAAAUUGGUCUUCCACAGAUAAUUCUUUUGAUCAUAUUUUCACAGUACAUACCUCAUGCUAUACAUGCAGAGAGGCCUGUAUUCGAUCGAUUUGCUGUCAUUUUCUCAGUUGCAAUUGUAUGGCUUUAUGCAUUUUUGCUCACUGUUGGUGGAGCAUAUAGGCAUGCAGCACCGAAGACACAAUUGCAUUGCCGUACUGAUCGUUCUGGACUUGUCAGUGCAGCUCCCUGGAUAAGAGUUCCUUAUCCUUUUCAAUGGGGAGCACCGACAUUUGAUGCUGGUGAAGCUUUUGCAAUGAUGGCUGCUUCAUUUGUUGCCCUUGUAGAGUCCACUGGCACUUUCAUUGCGGUUUCAAGGUAUGCAAGUGCAACCCCGGUGCCUCCUUCAAUUCUUAGUCGUGGCAUUGGUUGGCAGGGAAUUGGUAUCUUGCUGGAUGGAUUAUUUGGAACUGCAAAUGGGUCCACGGUAUCAGUUGAAAAUGCUGGUUUGCUAGCCUUGACACGUGUUGGAAGCCGGCGAGUUGUGCAAAUAUCUGCAGGAUUCAUGAUUUUCUUUUCCAUCCUUGGAAAAUUUGGAGCAGUUUUUGCAUCCAUUCCAGCCCCUAUUAUCGCAGCUUUGUAUUGCCUUUUCUUUGCAUAUGUUGGUGCAGCAGGUCUCAGUUUCCUUCAGUUCUGCAAUCUCAACAGCUUCCGAACAAAGUUCAUCUUAGGAUUCUCUGUUUUUAUGGGCCUAUCAGUUCCACAAUACUUCAACGAAUACACUUCGGUUGCUGGUUAUGGUCCAGUUCACACUCAUGCAAGAUGGUUUAAUGAUAUCAUUAACGUGAUAUUCUCGUCAAAGGCAUUUGUUGCUGGCCUUGUGGCUUUUUUCUUGGACAACACCCUGCACAGGCGUGAUAGUGCUACUAGGAAAGACAGGGGUUAUCAUUGGUGGGACAGGUUCCGGUCCUUCAAGACAGACACCAGAAGUGAGGAAUUCUACUCAUUGCCGUUUAAUCUCAAUAAAUUCUUUCCAUCUGUGUGAGGUUGCGGCCAAGGUGUCACUCGGAAUGCAUGUAUCUCGUCCAUGAAGAGUUCUUUGGGCUAUGUUAUAGGGUUCAUUUCCUUGUCCCAGGGAAAAUCUGUGGUAUAAAUCAAUCCUGUGGAUUUGUAGGUUACACUCUCAUUUAAUAUAUGUUUAAUUUGUACAUGUGAUAGCUGACAUGGAUUAAAUUAGGAAAAUUAUUCUGCAUUUUCAGU